GACUUUAAUGUUCGAAGUAAACGCCCCCAAUGGUCACGUGAUCAAAUUUAUUUCAAAAUGGCGCCUCUCACUGAAUUGAUAUCUUGUGCAUUAUUAGAAAAAGACUGCAAUGGUGCUAAUUUAUUUACUUGGGGAUAUCCGGCAGUAACAGAGUCGCAAAAAACAAUCGUUACCAGAAAAUAUAAUUUACAAUCAGAAAAAAGUAAUGGACUUUCUUUUGUAUUCUCAAGGCAUCAAAAUGAAUGGUUUUAUAUUUAUUGCAGCGAUAUUCUUGAGUCUAAUACACUACCCAAGGUGAAACAAGUAGCAACUGUCAUUUUUAGUAGAGAAUUUCAUCCGCAAAAAUAUGAAAUUCUUUGUCGCGUUUUAAGUAAAACUUACUGUAAAACAGGAAGUCCUGUUGAGGUUUUUAAAAUUUACAUACUCGUUUAUACGACAGGCUCAUGUAAUUUCUCAGAAAAUGGUAGUUUUAUUUCUGAUGAAUUUAAUACAAAUUUGUCUAAAUUAAAUACCAACGUAAGGGAAUUGAUAAAGACAUUUGAACUUGAGACAAUACUUAUUUAUACUGCUCUUUUACUUAAAAAGAAAAUUAUAGUUUAUCAUCAUAGUGUCGAACAGUUAUUAAAAUGGAUACAAACGUUUCCUGCUUUAAUGACACAUCAUCGAGUUUCACUUUAUCUUCGACCCUGGGUUGAUUUAGUUGAAGAUGAACUUUUAGAAUUAAAAAGCCAUCAAUAUUAUGUGAUGGGAUGCACUGAUAGUUCAAUUUCGUCGAAAACAGAAUUGUACGAUUUGCUUGUAAAUCUGCCAGCGAGAGAAAUUACAGUUGCUAAUCAUGCUAAAGAAAGUCUGACAAUGACGAAAACUCACAAAGAAAUUGCACUCUUUUUGGUGCAACUAAGUGAAAAUCAAACAUAUAGUGAAGCUCAAAUAAUAACCGAAAUUGCGGAUAAGACACGAGAUCUUCUCAGUCAAUUGACGUCGAUUGCAAAAUCGGAGACAAAGGAAAAGAAAAAAACAAUAAGUGCUCGAAUUAUAAAAGAAAAAAAUUUAGCAGCAGCAGUAGAAAAUUUUCUUAUUAAUUUAGCUAUUGCUGAAAAUUUUGUAAUUGUACAGUAAGUACUGACACAAAUAAAAUUAAUGACGGAAACAUU